AUGACCGACUCGUCUCCGUUCAUAGACCACCCCAGGUACGACGAUAUUGACGAUAGCACGAAACAGAUCAUAUCUAAGCUCCAGUUCCAGAUCUCAUCGAGCAAAACUGAACAGAGGCUUCUAGUGGAAAGUAAGAAGGAUCUUUCAAACCAGUACGAGCAGCUUUUAAAAGCCAAAAAUGAAGAACUUGAAUCGUUGAAAGUCAACUUCGAGUUCGUUUACAACCAGAGGGAGGCGCUAAAGUCCAAAUUGGAGAACAGUGAGCAGACAUCACUGGCCAAAAUCCAGGCUCUUCAAGCUUCAGUCGAUGAGAGCCACAGCACAGUGAAAACUCUAGAAAGACAAAAUUAUGAAUUGAAGUCCGAACUCAGCUUGGUACGUAAUUCUGGAGAUCAAGAACUGAAUACCAUAAGGUAUUUGAAAGAAGAAAACGAACAAUUGCAAGAGAGAAUCGACGAGUUAACGUCGGUAAAUAGCGAGCUUAUCGAUGAAAGAGAUCUGAUCAGCCAGAGGUUGAGACAGGAAGUCGACUCAAGCGCUGGUGCUAACUCAUAUCAACAUACACUCAAGACAAACAACUUGCAGUUGCAAAAAAUGAAUAACUCGCUUCAAUUGAAGGUCGAUCUGUUGCUACAGCAUAAGACAUCUGUAGAGAUACUAAAGCAGAAGAACCACACAUUGCAGCAGAAACUAGAUCAGCUAGAAUCUGUUCAAGAGAAAUGCUAUGAGUUGGAGAUAGAAGCGCUAGAUUUGAAGUCCCAGUUGGAAGAAUUCAAGAAAGUCUUUAGUGAAAUCGACCAAUCCGUAUCAAUUAAGUCAAUAGUCGACCAAUUUAAGCAGGUGACCAAUAAUAACCUUGUGCUUGAAGAUAAGUUUAAUCAAGCUAGGAUUGAAUUAGAUCAAGUGUUACGAGAGCUACAAAAGGUAAGCAAUGAAAAGAAAAAUGAAUUGGUACCGAAAAUCCAGUCAUUGACCGAAGUAUUGAAAAAUAGACAAGAGUUGGUUGAAAAGCUCGAGAAGCAAAAGUUACUUAACGUCAAAGAAAUCCAAUAUUUAAGGGAGCUGUUGAAGACUUUAGAUGACUUAAGUGUACCAAAGGGCGAAGACAACUCAGAAGUCAAGAGGUUAGAGAAAGUCAUUGAGAUUUACAAGGGAGAAAGAGAUGGUUUAAUUGAGAGAGUGAGGCAAACUGAACAACUGCAGACUAGUAUACCAGAUCCUUCUCCAGUACUUAAUUCUAGCGGUAAGCGUCCUAGAACUGCUAAUACAGAGGACGACGACACUAUAAACACCGCCCACUUUAAGCUUCAAAAGGAAAAUAUCUCAUUACUCUCUACAGUAAAGACUCUUCAAGAUGAAAUUUCCUCGCUCAAUUCCCAAAUUUCCAAAUUUCAUCAAGUUCAAACCAAAAAGGAGCAAAUUAAAGUUCUCCAACUAAGAGCAAAUAAUAUCUCCAAAGACCAAUUAGUUAAGCAACAUACUAUUGAUCUACUUCGAAAAGAAAACAAAGAUCUCAUUUCAAAUUCUCAAUCAGACAGCAUACCGAGGUCUGUAUUUGAACGCCAAGAAGACGAUAAAGAAAUUCUCCAAACAAAAAUUGAUCAGCUUUCUAAAAGAAUCAGUAGACUUCGUGAAGUGUAUUCUAAGAAAAGUUGUGAUAUAUUGUCGAUUAUCUCCAAAUUCUUUGGUUAUUCGGUAGAGUUUCUUCCUAGUCCCAUAAAUCCUGAAGAUUUGACCUCAUCCAGAAUAAAACUUGUUUCAAAGUAUAUCCAAGACUCCUCUGCAUAUCUCGUGAUAGAUGUUAACUCAAAGUUAUUAAAAGCAAAUGGUUCUAAUGAUUUCAAACAGAUGUGUGAAGAAUUGGUCACUAAUUGGGUAAAUGGGAAGGAUCAAAUCCCUUGCUUCUUAGGAGCUUUGAAUUUGAAGUUGUAUGCGUCAUAUGAAAAACGAAAAAGUGCUGAAAACUAA